AUGCUGAUCAGUCUCCUUUAUGGGCAUGGAUUCCAUAUUUUCAAGCCUGAUGUUCCUGUAGACCACCAUGAGUAUGAUGUGAAGAUUCUGAUGAAACAGCAUAGAUGCUUCGGGCCUUUCCCGGAAUCCUUCGAGCAGAUUGCAGACCAGGAACGAUUAGCGGUUCUGAUCUGGGUUAUGCAGAACAGUCCUCCUGAAACGUUGAAACCAUUUCAUCUCACCUCUACGAAAGAAAUUUGUCAGGAAGAUAAGGAAUUUGUGUUAAGGAUAAUGAAACUAGAUCCUCGAGAUCGGCCAUCGGCGCGGCAGCUUUUGAAAGAUGAUUGGUUCCGUCGACCUUGA